AUGGAGAUCGCGCUGGUGACUCUGGAGAACGGCGGCACCACGGCCAUCGCGGGCGGCGACGAUGCCGCGGCCGCCGGUGACCGGGCGCGCUGGCGGGGCAACUUGCUGCACCUCGCCGGCUCUCCGCAGCUGAGCGACGGCAAGGAGAGCGCCCCGCCGGCCCCGCCGCCCGCGGGGGACGAGGAGCGGGAGCGGCCCCCGCCGGGUCCCCGCGCAGGAGGCGGCGGCGGCGGCGCGGGCGGCCCCGACGAGCGGGCGGCGGAGCCCCGCGCAACCCCCGCGCCCCCGCCGCGGCCACCGCCCCGCGCUCCGCGCCCCGCCGCGGACAUGGGGCCGCCCGAGGAGGGGGGACACCGCCGGGGCAUGGCCAUGGCGGCGGCGGGCGACGAGGAGGAGGAGGCGGCGGCGGCGGCCAACCCGGGCCCCAUGCACCACCAGCGGGUGCUGAUCAACAUCUCGGGGCUGCGCUUCGAGACGCAGCUGGGCACCCUGAACCAGUUCCCCGACACGCUGCUGGGCGACCCCGACAAGCGCAUUCGCUACUUCGACCCGCUCCGCAAUGAGUACUUCUUCGACCGCAACCGGCCCAGCUUCGACGGCAUCCUCUACUUCUACCAGUCCGGGGGCAAGCUCCGCCGACCCGUCAACGUCUCCAUCGACGUCUUCGCCGACGAGAUCCGCUUCUACCAGCUGGGCGAGGAGGCCAUGGAGCGCUUCCGGGAGGACGAGGGUUUCAUCAAAGAGGAGGAGAAGCCCCUGCCUCGCAAUGAGUUCCAGCGCCAGGUCUGGCUCAUCUUUGAGUACCCCGAGAGCUCCAGCUCAGCCCGGGCCAUCGCCAUCGUCUCCGUGCUGGUCAUCCUCAUCUCCAUCAUCACGUUCUGCCUGGAGACCCUGCCCGAGUUCAGGGACGAGAGGGAGAUGCCCGUACCCCUGCCCCCCCAAGGGGGAGGUUUGAAUGGCACGCCUGGGGACUCCCCACCCAUGCAGCCACCGAGUAGCCUGGCUGAUCCCUUCUUCAUCAUCGAGACCACCUGUGUGAUCUGGUUCACCUUCGAGCUCCUUGUGCGCUUCUUCGCCUGCCCCAGCAAACCCGAGUUCUCCCGCAACAUCAUGAACAUCAUCGACAUCGUGGCCAUCAUCCCCUACUUCAUCACCCUGGGCACCGAGCUGGCCCAUGAGCAGCAGCAGCCCGGGGCUGGCAGCAGUAAUGGGGGUGGGGGCCAGCAGCAAGCCAUGUCCCUGGCCAUCCUCAGAGUCAUCCGCCUGGUCAGGGUUUUCAGGAUCUUCAAGCUCUCCAGGCACUCCAAGGGGCUGCAGAUCCUAGGACAGACUUUGAAAGCCAGCAUGAGGGAACUGGGUCUCCUCAUCUUCUUCCUCUUCAUCGGGGUGAUCCUCUUCUCCAGUGCUGUCUACUUUGCUGAGGCUGAUGACCCCGAGUCUCAUUUCUCCAGCAUCCCUGAUGCAUUCUGGUGGGCAGUGGUAACCAUGACUACCGUAGGCUAUGGGGACAUGAGACCUGUCACUGUGGGGGGCAAGAUUGUGGGCUCCUUGUGUGCCAUUGCUGGUGUGCUGACAAUUGCCCUGCCUGUCCCUGUCAUUGUGUCCAACUUCAACUACUUCUACCACCGAGAGACUGACCAUGAAGAGCAGGGUAUCCUCAAAGAUGAACACAGUAGUGCUCAGGGCAGCACUGGUGGGGGGGAAGUGAAGAGAAGACCCAGUAAAAACUCUCUGAACAAAUCUGUUGUGCACUUGGAAAACAGUGAGGAGUUCAACAGUGGCACCAGCUCCUUAGAGAAAGCCAAUAUCAAAGCAAAAAGUAACGUAGAUCUCAGAAAAUCACUCUAUGCUCUCUGUCUGGACACCAAUAGGGAAACAGACCUGUGAGGAAAGGAGACAAUUAGAGUUCAGAGGGGCAGAAGGAUUUUCUGGUGUCAGAAACUUGCUACUAUAAUUAUUCUUUUAUUACCAAUUAGUUUUUUAAGUCAGGCUGUAUUUUAUAAAUUGAUCACUGUCCUGAGCAGUCCUCCAGGAAUACAUGUUUUUAUGUUCUUUUUCCAUGACACAAAGGGUCACCUAUUUUUAAAAUAGACUAAGAAUAAGCUACGCUCCAUGAUGCAGGAGCUGGUAAAUUAUGACAGUGAAAAAUCUAAUUUGUAGAAACUUAUUUUAGCAAAUGGUCAUUGGUUUUAAAUGGAUAAUUUGUAACCAAUUCAGUUGCCCCGAGUUUAGUAUAAAGAACUGGGGGAUGUGUGUGUGGAGAACGACUGGAUUGGGGAUGGGAGGUGGGAGGUUGAGGGGUUUUGUACUGUAGUUUCAAACUGAAAUUAUUCAGAUAUAUUUUGUAUCUGUAUGACUGUAUUUAUGGUUGAAAGGAGAUUUCUUAUUCCUGUGAAAUAUGAUAUCAUUAAAGCACUAGGAACAUUAGCAGAUCAGCACUGAGUUUUCCAUUAGUGAUCAGUACAGAUCUGGUUAUCUUGUAUGUGAAGUGAAUUUGGUGCUUUGAACCCUAGAGCAGAAAACUUCUGUUGUCAUUGAUAUGUUAGUUUCUUGUGAGCCUUAAAUUAUUAAAUAUUGUAGAUAUACUUCUUUAUAAAUAAUUUUACUAGUUACCUUCCUCUUUCAGAAUUUCUAAGUAAUUCAGUCAUGUGCUUACCGGCCCCACUCAAAAAAGUAUGUGCAGCUUUUUUUUUUUUUGUGGUUUUACAGUUAUAUACCUUUGUUAUAUUUUUGAGACCGAAAGGAAAAAAACACACUGUUACUGGUUUCAAUCCAGUGGACAACAGAUCAAAAGUGAUCUGAACAGAUUUUCAAGUGCACAACAGAUCAAAAACAUGAGAGAGUGAAUAGGCACAAUGAGAAAGUAGAAUACUGAGUGCAAAAUCUGCAAAACUCCUUUCAUUAUACGCUCCAAAUUUCUUGAGCGUGUGUAUCAAUCACCUUUAUGUAUGCAAACACCAUUUGUGUACAGAGUUCUCUGGAUUUGGUUGUCUUAGACCGGGAGUCGAUGGCACUUCAGGAGUUGAACACAGCGUACCAUCGCGUGGCUUUUCUCUUGGACAUGGGUGGAAAGCACUAUCUUUUCAUCAAAACACACCCCUGGUUUCUUUUAUUUCCAAACAAAACCUUCUCAGUGCUGUGGAUUUUACAGUUGAGGUGUUGUUGAGAGAUGAGUGACACAUUAUCUUCAUCAAGAUCACAGCUUAUUCUGAAGACUGACACAAAGUUGCACCUUUAGCUGGAACAGCUUUCUUACCAUUUCUCUUGAAAAGGAAAUCUGUUUCCCCCUCGAACUUCUCUUUUAUUGCUGAAGGAUGUUCCAUGCCUUUCCCACAUCCUGUGGCACAGCAGGAGUAGCAGGGAAGAGAAGGCUUGAUUGUCAACAUUGCUCAAGCAGCAUUUGUUGUCCUGAGGUGCUGACUCCAGUGGAAGAGAUUUUAGUGGAAGCUUCUCCUGCAGUGCGCACAAGCUUCAUUUCAGAGCAACCUGGAGCUCAAGCAGGAGAGGUGCUCUGCAGAUGGCUCUCCACAUCGUCUUCCCUAACACACCAGUGAGGCACGAGACCGGGGCAGAAAUUCCAGUGUGGGGAGGGUGUGAGUCAUGAGAUGGCACUGACCAGUAGGAAGACACUGCUGCAGAGUCUGAAACCAAACCAGCCUAUUCCUUGUUCUCAAGUCAUCUUGGGUUGGAAGCUGCUGAAAACUUCCUUCUGGAUAAAUAACUGUGACGUCCCCAUCAUCCCCAGAAUUGGAUUUCUUCACUGGGAUUACUGAAACACUGGUCUCCUCCAAGGCUUCUCUCAUAGAGGAAUUGUUCAGCUCCACAAUAGGAGUGAGAAAAGUUUAAAUGCUUUGGGGCUCACUCCCAGGCACAAGACUUUAUUAUUUGAACUUUUGUUUGGAAAUAAAUUGAGUUCUUGUCAUAGAUUGGGCAUCUUCUCCCGUGGUUCUUACAUAUCAAACUUUCUCAUCAUUCUGGAAGAAGAUUCAAGUGUUUGUUCUCUUUCUUUUAUUGGCACUCAUCUUUAUUUAUUUUGUAUUCUUGAGAUGUGUGGCAUCUCUGGAGUUUGUAUUUCUUCUUUUAGUAAAAAAUGCUGUACAUACAAGUCUAGAAUGCAUUUGAAGAUUAGUCUAAUUUUUCAUGUGACUCUGACUUGAACAUUUUUCUGUUUAUGUUUAUAUUUCUAUUUCAAAUAUGUGCAUUACCUGUAUUCUUUAAGCCUUUUCCCCAUCUAUAACUCAAUAAAAUAAUGUCCACGUUCUUCAGAACCAUAUUUUGUGUGCCUGACAGUGAUAACAGUUUCUGAAUAAUAAUGAUUGAUAAUUUUAAAUGUGUUCAUCUAUAUUUAUAUCUAUUUCUAUAACUAUAUCUGUAUCUAUAUCUGU